ACCAAUCAGAGGAUUGUUUUUCUCUCACGUCGGUGCACGGAUAGUAAGCUAACGGAUAUUGCAAACAUAAACUAAUAUAAAGAGUUCGUGUUGUUUCUGAAGGCGGUAUAGCUCGGGAAGGUUUGUACACUUCGAGUUAGUCUUUUUUGCUGGGCUUUUAUUCGGGAGAAUGUGGAGCGGCCAUUACAGCGAGGACACGCGCAUUGGGUAACGUGAGCUAACGAGCGUUAGCAAUAGCCUGCUAAUUUUCAACGUUCCGCAAGGCCGCGGAGAAACACAAGAGCUGCUUCCUGUUCUUGCUCCAUUGAGAAUGUAGGUUACGUUACGAUUCGCGUUACAAAACCACACGGAUUGCCUCAGUAGCCAUUUCAGUGGUGUAAUCAAUUGCAUUUAAGUUUGUUUUAGUCGUGCUUGCAGGCUAACCAAGCUUGUUAGCUAUUCUGCUAGCUAGCUAGCAUGAGUGAACUGACGGGCUGCAAACAGUCCGCUGACUCUGCAUCGAGGAAACGGUGUCCAUCACCCGACCAUAAUGAAAGCAAUAAGAUCCCCUGCAAGUCCGCGAAAGUAAGUGACGCAUCAAAUGAAGCGGGGCUCACUUCAGAAAGUUGCAGGAACAGUGAAGCACAGAGUAAAGAAAUAGCCGGGAGCGAGGGCCAGUCAAGAGCUAGUGAGGGAGCUGCAGCUGCCGUGCAAGCGGAUCAGGGUUCAGACCUAACAGAUGGCACCAGUGCACUGCCUGUCAACAACUCCAGUGCUGACGGUCACGGUGCCAGCAACACAGAAAAGCCACAGUCCUCAGACGCACAUGGGUCUGCACAGGCAAGGGGGGAUACGGAGAAGACAGAGGGAGCAAAGCAGCGUCCUUCAGCUUCUCUGGACCAAACCGACUCAGCAGCCAUAGCAGCUGCUGAAGCACUUGCCAGUCUCACAGGAGGAGACGGGGAAGACAGUCAAGAGACUCCUUGCUCAUCUGAAAAGGCCAAACAGGUGAAACUGGGGAGCAAAUUCAAGCAACGCGGGGGCCACCAGUCCUCAAGGACGGGCUCUAAAACUCAGGCAGCUGCUGCAGACAGCUCCACAUCUGUGCACAGUACUGACAGAGAGGAUGCAGAUGAGAUGCCAGAGGCAGACGAAGGUGAUGAAUCCAUAUCUGGAUCGUCCUCCACUCCGAGCUCCUCUUUCCCAUCAGACAAUGAGGACAAUGACGAUGGGGAGUGUGCCAUUGUGUCAGUUAAGAUGGCCCCAGAGAUGAGACAGUCGGUGGCUCUCCUGGCACAGGUACAGAUGAGGCUGGAAGCUCUUGAGAAGAAAAGCGCCCGGCUUCAUCAACGGCUGGAGCUGAAGAUCAGUCGUCAGCGGCGCCCACAUCUGGAUCAGCGCAGCUCCAUCACAAAAACCAUCCCUGGCUUCUGGGUGACGGCUCUGUUGAACCAUCCUCAUCUCUCAGCUCACAUUGACGAGACUGAUGAAGAUGCUCUUAGUUACAUGACUGAUCUCGAGAUUGAGUCCUUCAAGAAUAAUAAACUGGGCUACAGGAUCCGCUUCCACUUCCGACGGAACCCGUACUUCCAGAAUAACAUCAUCAUGAAGGAGCUGCACCUCGGAAUGGGAGGAUCUCCCAUGUCGUUCUCCAACCCCAUCCUGUGGCACCGCGGACAGAACCUGACGGCCCACAGUGAACCCAGGAAGUCGUCACGUGGCGUCUACCAGACCUUCUUCAGCUGGUUCAGUGACCAUAGCAACCCAGGACAAGAUGAUGUAGCACUGAUUCUUAAGGACGACCUGUACAGGGACCCUCUGAGAUACUACCUCACUCCACUCUGGGAACCGCGAGAGAACGGCAGUGGUGGCAGCGGGGCCAGAGCUGCUGACAACGGUAAUGGAGAUGAGUGCGUAGUGAUCUCCGACUCAGACGAUGAGCCCGGCGAGGAAGCUGGUGAAGCUGAACAAGGUCACAGUAGGGAGGAGGAAGAGGAAGAUGAAGAGGAGGAGGAAGAAGAAGAGGAAGAAGAAGAAGAGGAGAGGGGGCCAAGUGCUGAUGAGAGUCCAGAGGAGAAGGACGAUGGUGGUGGAGAAAUUGUGAUUGACGGCUCUGAUGACAGUGAGCAGGAAGAGGAGGAGGCCUGAAAAGACGGAAGGAAGAAGGAAGAGGUGGGGUGUAUGUCGAAGAGGGCGGGUCAUCAAGGGACCAGAGACGAGGAAGAUGAGGAGGACGCCAAGAUGAUGAUGAUGAAAACCAGAGCAAUGUCAUUUUUAUGCACAGAAUAUAAGUUUUUGUUGUUUUAUACCUAAAAUACAUGGAAGCAUUUUAAAUCAGGGUUAACUGUAAUAAUAAAGCCAAGGCAGCAUGGUUUCCCCUCUAUUUUGUACACUCAGUACUGUGUAUUCUGAUUCACUUUUUGCAAAAACGUUCUUUUCUAAACCGGUUCUUUGCCAGUCAGUUCAUACAAGUAGUGUUCCUCUAUGUGAGGAGGAGCAUCGUACACACACACACGCCUGCACACAUGUAGGUGAGAUCUUGAUUGCCGCUUGUUGUUGGCAUGAAAUUUGCAUUGCAAAUUCUUCAAAAAAAAAAAAAAAAAAAAUCUUCCAGUGGCAUUAUUUAGUGGUCAUUUAAAGGCAAAGUUUUUAGAUUUGACGUCACAAGAUAAAUUGGUAAUAAAGACAGUACGUGUCAGAUGCACUGAGUACUGAACCAAAAUUUGUUCUCAGGGAUGAUCAUGGUGAUAGUUUUAUCGAAAGAACCUUGCUGAUUUUCAGACAUUUACACUCUCUGGUGAUUGUUGGCUGUGUAUAAGGAAACGUGUACUCUACUGUAGUAAAUAGGAACAAAUAUUGUUUUAAUAUGCUACCUGUGUUUCUCCUUCUUCAUCUACAUGUUCGGUCUUGUUGAACACCAACCUUCACCCCCUGUUAAUGACCUGUAAACCAGCUCUGAUGUUUAAAGUCAUAGCGUAGUUUGACCAACGUUUCUGUGGAUUUUUUUCCCCCUUAGAAUUUAACUUUAUUUGAUUUUUUGCUUUCUAAAACAUUUAAUAUUUGUUUCCAUGUAAUGUGUUUUAAGGUUUGUGUUAUCUGCUUUUUUUUAAAAAGUUGGUAUUUAUUAUGUUUUUCUACACGUCCACAUUAAGGCAUGCCCGUGAGCAUGAACUGUAAGACAGGAUGAAUACAUUAAGGCUUUUUCUGUGCACAGUGUCGGUAAAUGUCAUUAAAACUUCACAGCAACAUUAUGGGGUGCACUGUAACAAAACUAGUAUUUGUAUUCGCUUACUUUUCUUAGCAAUGACCUGUAAAUAAUAUUUCAGCAUUGUCUUUUGGAUGAGACAAGUACACGUGUUUAAUCCAUGGAUGACUUUAUCAAAUAAUCUGGAGUUUUUUCAUAAACAUGAUCAGAAAGUUAUAUUUUGUGUGCUGUGUUUUAUAGAACACUGUAGUUUAAAGAUACCUAAUUGUUUGUUGCUUUGGUUAAUUUUGUUUGCUUAAAGAUAAAUGUCCACCUUUUGAAUCAGACCUAAUAAAAUAGGCAGUUGUUUCA